AUGGCAGCCAACUCAAUACUUCAAACGGCCAACCGAGCAGAUGCGAAAGGUCUAUCACCUACUUUCUCAGAUCUGUCCAUCGUAUCAUUCCCUUUGGACAAACUAGCCAUUCGACUCAUUCACACGGCAGGGCAGGUUGGCCUUCCCUCACCGGACUCACCAUACAACGAGUUGCCGUCAUCCUUUACCCAGCAAGCUCGGAACGCAUUCGCCAACCUCGCAGCGUGCCUCGCGACUGGCGGCGCAACACCAAAUGAUGUUGUAAAGAUAACCAUCUUUGUGGUGGACCUUGAGCUCUCCAUGAGGGACGUUCUUGUAGAAGUGAUAACUGACUUCUUUCGAACUCGUGAAAGCAAUGGUCAGCAGGAGCAACAGCACGCCCCGCCAAGUAGCCUUAUUGGGGUAGCUUCACUAGCACACCCGGAUUUCAAAAUCGAGGUGGAAGCGUCAGCCGUUAUCAGUACCACCACUGGCUAG